GCGGCGCCCUUGAGCCACACCGCGGCGCCAGGUUUGCGAGCCGCCCGGAGGAGGAAGCGCAGUCCCUUUCCCGCUCAGCCGGGGUCCCCACCCCUUGUACUCUAAACCCUGCAGCGGGCGAGCGGCGCGGCCACGGAGGCGCCGAGGUGGGGCGAGCCUCCGCCGCCGGCCAGCGGCGGGCCCCCGGGCGAGAGGGCGCCGGAGAGGAGGCGGCGGCGCGGAGGCGAGGGCGCGGCGCGCGAUGGCAGCUGCCUAGCCCGGCGGGCGCGGAGCAGCCCCGAGCUGUGGCUGGCCCGACGGUACGGCUGGACGGGGGACGCCGCCUCAGCCCGGCCGGCAGAGAUGAGCGCCGACACUGGCGAGGGCAUCACUUUCUCCGUGCCAACCUUCGCCCCUUCGGGCUUGUGCCCCUGGCCUGAGGGCGGCAGCUGCCGGCGGGGAACCACGGCGGUAGCCGAGGGCGAGGAGAAGCAGCUACCAGCACCGCCACCAGCGGGCAGCUUCUGGAACGUGGAGAGCACCGGCGUCCCGGGCACCGCAGGUCCCGCCGCCGCCAGCGCCCCUGGGAGCGGCGCCCCCCGGUGCCGGGGCAGCUCCGGGAGCGGGCCCGGCCGACGGACCACUGUAGCUUACGUGAUCAACGAAGCGAGCCAGGGGCAGCUGGUGGUGGCCGAGAGCGAGGCCCUGCAGAGCCUGCGGGAGGCGUGCGAGGCGGUGGGCGCCACCCUAGAGACGCUGCAUUUUGGCAAACUGGACUUCGGGGAGACGGCGGUGCUGGACCGAUUUUACAACGCAGACAUCGCUGUGGUGGAGAUGAAUGAUGCCUUCCGGCAGCCAUCCUUGUUCUACCACCUUGGGGUGAGAGAGAGCUUCAGCAUGGCCAACAACAUCAUCCUCUACUGUGACACUAACGCAGACUCUCUGCAGUCCCUCAAGGACAUUAUUUGCCAGAAAAAUACUAUGUGCACUGGGAACUACACCUUUGUCCCUUACAUGGUGACACCCCAUAACAAGGUCUACUGCUGUGACAGCAGCCUCAUGAAGGGCUUGACAGAGCUCAUGCAACCCAACUUGGAGCUGUUUCUUGGACCCAUCUGCCUACCUCUUGUGGAUCGUUUCAUUCGACUCUUGAAGAUGGCACAAGCAAGUUCCAGCCAAUAUUUUCGUGAAUCUAUACUCAGUGAUAUCAGAAAAGCUCGUAAUUUAUACACUGGCAAAGAACUGGCAGCUGAAUUGGCCAGAAUUCGGCAGCGAGUAGAUAAUAUUGAAAUCUUGACAGCAGAUAUUGUGAUCAAUCUGUUGCUGUCCUACAGAGAUAUCCAGGAUUACGAUUCUAUUGUGAAGCUGGUGGAGACUUUAGAGAAACUGCCAACCUUUGAUUUGGCCUCCCAUCACCAUGUGAAGUUUCAUUAUGCAUUUGCGCUGAAUAGGAGAAAUCUCCCUGGAGACAGAGCAAAAGCUCUUGAUAUUAUGAUCCCUAUGGUGCAAAGUGAAGGACAGGUUGCUUCAGACAUGUAUUGCCUCGUUGGUCGAAUCUAUAAAGAUAUGUUUUUGGAUUCUAAUUUCACAGACACUGAAAGUAGAGACCGUGGAGCUUCUUGGUUCAAAAAGGCAUUUGAGUCUGAGCCAACACUGCAGUCGGGAAUUAAUUAUGCUGUGCUCCUCCUUGCAGCUGGCCACCAGUUUGAAUCUUCCUUUGAGCUUCGGAAAGUUGGAGUGAAACUAAGUAGCCUUCUUGGUAAAAAGGGAAGCUUAGAGAAUCUCCAGAGCUACUGGGAAGUUGGAUUUUUUCUGGGGGCUAGUGUCUUGGCCAACGACCACGUAAGAGUCAUUCAAGCAUCAGAAAAGCUUUUCAAACUGAAGACACCAGCAUGGUACCUCAAGUCUAUGGUAGAGACAAUUUUGAUCUAUAAACAUUUUGUGAAAUUGACUACAGAACAGCCUGUGGCCAAGCAGGAACUUGUGGACUUUUGGAUGGAUUUCUUGGUCGAGGCCACAAAAACAGAUGUUACAGUAGUUAGGUUUCCAGUAUUAAUAUUAGAACCAACCAAAAUCUAUCAACCUUCAUAUUUGUCUAUCAACAACGAAGUCGAGGAAAAAACGAUAUCUAUUUGGCACGUGCUUCCUGAUGACAAGAAAGGCAUUCAUGAGUGGAAUUUCAGUGCUGCCUCAGUCCGGGGAGUGAGUAUUUCUAAAUUUGAAGAACGGUGCUGUUUUCUUUAUGUGCUUCACAAUUCUGAUGAUUUCCAAAUCUAUUUUUGUACAGAACUUCACUGUAAAAAGUUUUUUGAAAUGGUGAACACCAUCACUGAAGAGAAAGGGAGAGGCACGGAGGAAGGGGACUGCGAAGGUGACUCCCUGGAGUAUGACUAUGAAUAUGAUGAAAAUGGUGACAGAGUUGUUUUGGGCAAAGGCACGUACGGAAUCGUCUACGCAGGCCGUGACCUGAGCAACCAAGUCCGAAUUGCAAUUAAGGAAAUCCCAGAAAGGGAUAGCAGGUACUCUCAGCCCUUGCACGAGGAAAUAGCAUUGCAUAAGCACCUGAAGCACAAAAAUAUUGUCCAGUAUCUGGGCUCAUUUAGUGAAAAUGGUUUUAUUAAAAUCUUCAUGGAGCAGGUCCCAGGAGGAAGCCUUUCUGCACUGCUUCGUUCCAAAUGGGGCCCCUUAAAAGAUAAUGAGCAAACAAUCGGCUUUUAUACAAAGCAAAUACUGGAAGGAUUAAAAUACCUCCAUGACAAUCAGAUAGUCCAUCGGGAUAUAAAGGGUGACAAUGUGUUGAUUAACACCUAUAGCGGGGUGCUCAAGAUCUCUGACUUCGGGACAUCCAAGAGGCUUGCUGGCAUUAACCCAUGCACUGAAACUUUUACUGGUACCCUUCAGUAUAUGGCACCAGAAAUCAUAGAUAAAGGACCACGUGGCUAUGGGAAAGCAGCGGACAUCUGGUCUUUGGGCUGUACGAUCAUCGAGAUGGCCACAGGAAAGCCCCCGUUUCAUGAACUGGGAGAACCACAGGCAGCCAUGUUCAAGGUGGGAAUGUUUAAAGUGCACCCUGAGAUCCCAGAGUCCAUGUCUGCAGAGGCGAAGGCAUUCAUACUGAAAUGUUUUGAACCAGACCCUGACAAGAGAGCCUGUGCCAACGACUUGCUUAUUGAUGAGUUCUUAAAAGUUUCGAGCAAGAAGAAAAAGACACAACCUAAGCUUUCAGCUCUUUCAGCUGGAUCAAAUGAGUAUCUCAGGAGCAUCUCCCUGCCGGUGCCCGUCCUGGUAGAAGACACGAGCAGCAGCAGUGAAUACGGUUCUGUUUCCCCGGACACCGAGCUGAAGGCAGACCCCUUCUCCUUCAAAACCAGAGCCAAGUCCUGCGGGGAAAAAGAUGGCAAAGGGAUCCGGACACUCUUCCUGGGCAUCCCCGAUGAGAACUUUGAAGACCACAGCGCACCCCCAUCCCCGGAGGAGAAGGAUUCUGGUUUCUUCCUGCUGAGGAAGGACAGCGAGCGGCGUGCCACGCUACACAGGAUUCUGACAGAAGACCAAGACAAAGUCGUGAGGAACUUAAUGGAGUCUUUAGCUCAGGGAGCCGAAGAACCCAAACUCAAAUGGGAGCACAUCACAACCCUCAUCGCAAGCCUCCGAGAAUUUGUGAGAUCCACUGACCGAAAAAUUAUAGCCACGACGCUAUCCAAGCUGAAAUUAGAGCUGGACUUCGACAGCCAUGGCAUCAGCCAGGUCCAGGUGGUACUCUUUGGCUUCCAGGACGCUGUCAAUAAAGUUCUUCGGAAUCAUAACAUCAAACCUCACUGGAUGUUUGCCCUGGACAGCAUCAUCCGAAAGGCAGUGCAGACGGCUAUUACCAUUCUGGUUCCAGAACUGAGGCCACAUUUCAGCCUUGCAUCUGAGAGUGACACCGCUGACCCAGAAGAUCUGGAUGUAGAGGAUGAGCAUGAGGAACAGCCUUCUAACCCGAGUGUCCAGAGAGCACAGGUCGUCAUAGAAGAUGCCGUGGCUACCUCAGGGGUGAGCACACUCAGCUCUACUGUGUCCCACGACUCGCAGAGUGGUCACCGAUCGCUCAGUGUGCAGCUGGGAAGGAUGAAGAUAGAGACCAAUAGAUUACUGGAAGAAUUGAUUCGGAAAGAAAAAGAAUUGCACGUGCUCCUUCAUCGAGCCAUUCAAGAAAAAGAACAAGAAAUUAAGCACCUGAAACUUAAGUCCCAACCAAUAGAUAUUCCUGGGGUCCCUGUCUGUCACCUCAAUUCUCCUGGCACAAAUACUGAAGAUUCUGAACUUACUGACUGGCUGAGAGAAAAUGGAGCAGAUGAAGACACUAUAAGUCGGUUUUUGGCUGAGGGUUAUACACUAGUGGAUGUUCUCUACUACGUUACCCGUGAAGAUCUGAAGUGCCUGAGACUAAGGGGCGGGAUGCUGUGCUCACUGUGGAAAGCCAUCAUCGACUUCCGGAACACACACACUUGACCAUCACGACCAUCACUCAGUUUCUUCUUUGGUAGAGAACCUAACAAUUACUAUAGAACUGUGGUUUUUUGUUGUUGUU